AUGCAGAUCUGGUUUAUGGCGAACAAAACAAAGGGCCAAAGGUUUAUGGUUGUCUCUACAGUUCCCAAGACUGCCUUUGGUACCUUUAUUCCAAGGCGAGGAUAUCUCGUAUUUGAGAUCAUGGACGACCAUCGUGCCCAUGAGAACGCUUGGUUCGGAGUCCCAACUGUCGGGCCUUUUCAGAACUUUGAGCUCGCUUCUUGCUUCGCAGCUCGCGUAGAGUGGCUUGAUGAGCCUUCAGCGGAAUGGCGAAGCCUCCUGCUGACACCUUGUAAACAUAAAGGGAGAGCGGUUAAAGGUCUUCUCGACGGCUGGAGGAAAGCUGCCUCCAUUGUUCAGCUUCUUGAAGGGAUAACGUGGACAGAACCUCACAACGGAUCGGAGACGCUAUCACUUGGCGCAAUGGAAGUGAGGGAGCUCAAAAUUGACCCCCUACAACAAACGUGUCGUUGGGUCCCCAGGAAAGCGAAAGAACUUCAGCCCGCCCCAGUACUUGCCUCUUGGGAUGAUAACUUCAAGUUGAUGGUGGGAGAUGAAUCUCCCCUGCACAUAUACUCCAAGAGCGUGUCACUGGAACUCUGGGGAGAUGAACCAACGUAUCUGAGAAGGUCAUCCAGCGAACUUUCCUACUGGAUAGCAGACAAGUUGACCUCCUAA